UUUUCUGAGUUUUCUGAGACUUUAUCGUUGUCGGCAGUGUAAAGCGUGUAACUAGCUAACGUUAACUCGCAAGCUAGCUAGAUAGGAUGAUUUGAAGAUGUCAAGGACAUUCCGGAUAAUUUCAUUUAGCGGUUUAUGAACAGUAACGUUAAACAGAAUGAUGAAAUUAUUUACUCAAUGAACGGUAAAUAGCUAGCUACGGCUAACAGCAUCAUAUUCAGCGAUAGCCAAUGUUAAAAGCGUUCAUAGCUAUCUAGCUAACGGCAAUUGCAAUAAAUUAAUAUAUAUGGCUAAGUUAACGAUAACAGAAAAUGGUCAACAUUGACUGCCAACAUUGCUAUAACGUUAGCUAAAUUUAGCUAACUGUUAGCUAAGUGGUAAACUCGUAUAGCUAGCUAGCAGCCAACCGAGCUAACUUAACACCAUUUCACUUGAAAUAACGUUAGGUGUGUUUUAACUUUUACCAUUCGGGCUAGCCAGGUGUGAAAAAUGUAUGGAACUCGGGGGAAAAUGUAUGCUGCACCGGUGGAUUUAUCUUUCAAACAAAUAAACUCAAUGGCAGAAGCGCUGACGGAGGAGCACAGACAAGGUUUGCGGCCGUUGGAGCGCAAUGAAGAGCAGAAGUUCUGCACUCAAGCUUUGAGGCUGAACAAUAACAAAAUCAAAGACCUGACUGGUUUCAGUGACGCCAUAACCACAUUGCUCAGCGAGCCAUUCCAGUUAGCUUGGGUCGACCUGUCCUACAACCUCAUACCUCGCAUAGAUCCAGUGUUGACUGAGCUGCCUGAAUUGCGUGUCUUGUACCUCCAUGGAAACAAAAUUGCCAAGCUUUCAGAGGUGGACAAGCUCGGAGUUUUGCCUUGUCUCCACACAUUAACACUGCAUGGCAAUGCUGUUGAAAAUGAGAAAGGUUACAGGGGUUACCUGAUCAAAAUGCUGCCUCAUCUGAAGUCCAUAGAUUUCUGUACUGUAACCAAGGAGGAGACAGUUAUGGCAAAGAUUUGGCAUAGAACUACUGCCAGAAGCAAGGCCACUCAGAGGAGUCAACAAUGAGACCCAAACUCAACACCCCGUCCAAGGAACAAACAGUCCUGCACAAGAAUGCAAAAAACGAAUAAGGGCUGUGGACAAUGGAGACAAUAUAAAUAUUAUAGUGUGAUAUCAUGUUGGCUCAAUGUAACACUAUUUGAAAUAAAGUGUCAUUUGAGAGAAAUAA